AUGGCUGCGCCCGCGAACCCUCUCUCCGGCCUCUCUGGCCUGGUCGGUCUCUCCGGCCUCACCACCACCUCCACCACCAACCCUGGCUCCGGCGAGGGAGCCUCUGGCGACUCCCACUCCUCCACCUCCGCCACCACCACCCUCACCCACGACCCGGAGACGAACUCCACCACAACGACCGUCACCACCACCGCCGAUGUCUUCCACAACUACCAGUGGAAGACGGAGGUGAUGGUGGUGGCUAUCGCCCUCAUCCUCCUCGUCUUCGUCUUUCUCGCUUGGUGGAUCUCCCUCAACAGCGCCGACAAGCGCCGGCUUGCCGCCAUCAACAACCCCGAGGGUGCCCGCGCCCUUCGCCAAGCAGACGCCGCCGACGCUGCCGCCAAUCCCCGCAAGGGGUGGCUUCCCUCUGCCUGCCGGCGUUUUUGGGUGUGGGUUUGGGUCGGCGAGGAGUCCUCCGUCCCCACCGCCACCCUCCAGGCGCUCGAGGACCUGAACAUCUCUGGCACUGCCGCUGUCUGUGCCGUCCGUGCCGCCCGCGAGGCCCGCGCCAACGCCGGACCUGCCGACGCUGCCGCCGCUUUGGACCACGCGGUCAAAACCAUGGAGGACCACAAGGCGCGUGUCGCUGAGAUGCUGCGGGGGCUCCGGAAGUAG